UAAGGCUCCGCGGAAAAGGUUGUGAAGAUUCAAGAUGGACUCUUAUAUAUAGUCAGCGAUGCAAACCGGGAUAUACGGUGUCUUCUUUGUUGAACACCAUGCUUGAGAGGAACUAUCUUCUGAGCCACCCAACCUAGGCAACGGAAAUCCGGUAGCCAUGGCACCGCAAACUUCGCAGGAACUCGUCAGCCUCGUCCGAGACCUUUCAGGCGCAAUAGCAGGUGUGGACUCCAAAAGAGGGUUGUCUGUAACGCAGCGCGAGCACAUUCUCCGGCUCAAUCGAGCGAUCCAGAACAAAGUGCAGCCUCCCGAGGACCACAUCAUCGCCACGGCCUUCACCAUCAACCUCAACAUCUGCAUCCGCGCGUGUAUCGAACUCGGCGUGUUCGAACUCCUCGAUUCCGCAGCCCCUAACUGGCUAUCUGCCCCUGACAUCGCAAGGGCCUUGAAUGCAGAGGAACUACUGAUAACCCGCUUCAUGCGCGGCGUCUGCGCGCUCAACUUUGCCACCGAAGUCGGGCCUGGCCGGUUCCUCGCCAACGACGUCACCCACGCACUGGUCCAGCCGCCUCUGGCAGCGGGCUUCAGCCUGAUGUUCGACAACGCCGCGCGGCCGAAGAGCAACCUGUGGUCGCACAUGGAACGCUUUCGGCAGCACGGGUACAAGAGCCCCUUCGACGCCAAGGACGGACCCUACCAGCACGCCAACGACUGCGUGGGGAUGACGACGUUUGAGCACUGGAUGACGGACCCGGCGGAGAGCGCUCGGUUCAACACCUUCAUGAAAGGGGUGAGGGGGAGUCGGCCGAAUUGGUAUACGUGGUUCGAUGUUCAGAUGCUCCUCGGAGGUGGAGGUGCGAGCGGUUGCGACGCGGAAGACGAGGUGUUCAUGGUCGACGUCGCAGGCGGGUACGGACAUGAUCUGGACGCGUUCCUGCAGCGUCACGGCGACCAAGUCCAGGGCCGGGUCAUCCUCCAGGACCUUCCGGGCGUCGUUGACGCCAUCGAGCCAGGCUCCAUCUCCAACCGGAUCGAGAUCCAGCGCCAUGACUUCUUCACGGCCCAGCCCGUCCGCGGCGCCAGGGUAUACUUUAUGCACAUGAUCAUGCACGACUGGCCUGAUGACGACUGCGUCCGGAUCCUGACGCACUUGAGGGACGCCAUGAGGAGGGACCAUUCGCAGAUCCUCAUCAACGACAUGAUUCUCCCCGACACGCAGUGUCCGCUUAUUGCAACGGGAAUGGACAUCACCAUGAUGGCGCACCAUUGCGGGGUGGAGAGAAAUGAAGACAUGUGGAGGAGCCUGAUCGCCAAAGUGGACGGGCUGGAACUGAUCAAGAUCUGGCACCCGCCGGAGGGGGAGGGGAUCCUUCAGGUCAGCAGGAAAUAACGAUUUCCGUCCCUGGGCUUUCCUCCAACAACUGGUAGGAAAAGGAGGUUCGUCGAUGUCGCCUGAAGGAGAGCAAGGAGGCCUGGGGGAUGGAAACGUUAACAUCACCUAGACCAUUGCGUCUGGUUUGUGGGUGGUGGGUGAUUCAUGGCACGCCUCUUGAGGUAAGGAAAUGCUGAUCAGGAUCCCCUGUGUUGCCGCCUGAUCUUUAUACGCACACCUACGACUGAUGAUACAGCAAUGUCUUACUAGAUAUCAGGAAGUUAAGCGAGAAGUUCGUCACAGAGUGGGGGGCCCAACCUCCCCGACGGUUCCGGAUAUCGAGGCGUGCCAUGAUAGUCCCAGGCGUCCUUACAAGUACAUACCUACAAACCUACAAAGGUCGCAAAAAGAGUCUUGUCGAUCCUUGCUUGUAUCCCGGCCCCUCUCCUCGUAGCGCGG